AUGGCGAGAGAAAAGACUCGUCAAGCUAAGGCCGAAUCCACCCCACCCACCAAGAUCAAGAAGAGUGAGAGUGCUUUGGAAAACCCGUCAGGCCCGAAGCUGAGCAAAGCAGUGCAGAGCAAAGCGAUACUAGAGCCUGUUGAGACAAAGGCUGAGAGGCGCCGGCAGUCCCAGGCGACUGCUGUGAAGGCCAAAGCAGCACCAAGAGUUGAGGAGGACAAGAGAGCGGAUGCAGUUCGGGAAUGCUUGAGGAGACCAUCAACAGGGGACUUCGCAUCUCCUGUCACAAAUCCUGCAAGCGAGAAAGAGAAGAAGAAUUGUGACUCUCCAGCUGAGCUUCCAGAGGACCAUGAAACUGACUCGACUGACUCGGAGGAGUAUCACAAAAGGGAAGUCGCAGCAAGGGUGAAACGAGAAGCCCACGCGAGAUAUAUGCGCUUCUCUCGAUCUUUGACCAGCCCGCGUACGCCCCCAGAGGUUCAGCGUGCAGGCCGUGCGGCCUUCCGCAACGUUCCGAUGCUCCAGGUGCUCCAAGAGCAAUGGACCGCCUGUAGCGGCGUCUGGACUGAAUCAGCCUUUUAUUUAGAGGUUAAACAGAAGCGUCGAAACCGUACAUACGGAUCACGACGCUGGAUGUGCCGAAGUGAACUAGCCAGCAAGUUUGGCAGCUUGGAAGUAGCCCAGCAAAUUAUAGAUGCGAAGAUGGCCGACCCGGAAGCGCGUGUCAGUCAGAUUCGCGCGAAUCCGGACCUGCACGGUCUUGACACCGACGAGACCCGGCAAUAUCUGGUCUGGGAUCGUGAAGGCGAAGAAACCACGGUAGACCAUGUCACCACUUCGCUCUUCGAGGCCGCGGACAAGGAUGAAGGUGCAGCUGAUCCUGGCGAGCCAGUCGCCCUUUUUGGCCACUAUGAUGAUGUGGCAAUCCAUAACAUCAAGGUGCCCGUGAAAGAUGAGAAAGCUGCGCGUGGCAUCAGCUUUGAAAUCUUUCCCAUCAUUCACCCUCAUGAGGUUUUAUCUUAUUUGUGGGACCAUGUGGGCCUUCGUGUGUCGCCAGAGGAAGUUGCCAAGUAUUGGCAGCAUGCCAGACAAUUCAAUCAGCAGUGGGCCACGUUGGCCUCCGCUUCUGACAGACACAUCCCAAUUGGCUUGCACGGAGACGCUGCCAGGCUUUGGACGCAGGUGAGGUUCGAGAAGGUUAUUGCGAUACACUUGAACGUGUGCCAUUUCCGCCCCAGGAGCAUCAGGCAUUCACGUUUUCUCCUGUUCAGCUGCCCCUAUGAGAAACUAUAUAAGAACCGUACACUCAAUCAGGUGUUUCGUCGCAUCACCUGGAGCCUGGAGGCUGCUUUUGACGGCAUGAAUCCACAGACGGGUGUGGGCGGAAAGGCGUUGUCUUUGCACGAUCAGAAACGAUCUCAGCAGCCACUGACACGCUGCGGUGCAAGGUUCGCUUUAUGCGAGCUAAGGGGGGACUGGGAGUGGCAUGUUUUCCUUUGGAGGCCCCGCGCCUCUUGGCAAAGCAAUGUAAUUUGCUUCCGCUGCCCUUGCCUAGCAAAGGGGCCUGACACAAGCAAGCUAUAUUACAACUCCGGCGAUGAUUGCAGCUGGGAAUCUGAGGAGUUCACGCUACAGGAAUUCGUAGUUCACCGUCUUAAAGAGACAAACUUGUGUCCACUGUUGAACCUGCGGAUGUUUCAGCACCCAUCGCUCCUGCGUUGGUGCACCAUGCACACGCUGAAUCUUGGUAUGGUCUUCUCUGCCAACGGUGGGAGUUUGAUUUUGUUGACUGAAGAGCUCCAAUACUUCGGGCCUGGGAAUUUCAAGGAUCAGUUAGAACGCGCAUACAAGCACUUUGUAGCUUUCUGCAGAAGCCAUCGCAUCAAACAGUCCCAGCCACCAUUUCUUCCCAAAAUGGUGAAGAAGAAAACUGGAGAGAUGCUACUGACCGCAAAGGCGUACAAUGGCAGGGUCAUUGUAAUGUGGUUGACACACUGCUUGCUGGAUGCUGUGCGGCGCUUUCCAGAGCAUGAGAUCCUUUUGAUGACCAGUGUGGCAAUGAACCUUGUUUGA